GAUUUGUAUCAGGAAGUUGAAGGAGUCAGCUGACUGGAUUGUGUUGUUGUAGAAGAAGUCACUGAACUGGAUGAUAAAAUACACUUCAUAAUUUCGCCUAAAUUAAUUGCUGCAAAGUAUUGCUCACUCCAACCAUGUUGCGGCCAAAAGCAUUGACGCAAGUUCUCAGCCAGGCAAAUACAAGCGGAGUACAAAGCACACUAUUGUUAAAUAAUGAAGGGUCUCUUUUGGCUUACUCUGGCUAUGGGGACACUGACGCUCGAGUGACCGCUGCCAUUGCAAGCAACAUCUGGUCAGCCUAUGACAAGAACGGGCAUCAAGCUUUUAACGAAGAUAAACUGAAAUUCAUUCUGAUGGAUUGCAUGGAAGGCAGGGUGGCCAUCACACGGGUAGCUAACCUACUGCUGUGUAUGUAUGCCAAAGAGACAGUGGGCUUUGGAAUGCUUAAAGCCAAGGCUGAAGCGUUGGUACUGUACCUGGAGGAACCUUUAACCCAAGUUGCGGCAUCAUAGGGAAGUCUGGCUGGAGUGUUGUCUUCAAUUUUGCCUCCCGUGAUAAUACAUGAACACUUGUUGCUUAUGUGAAUGCUUCACCUGGUCUUCAUGAAACGCUGCAGUCUGUGUAUGAAUGAACUGAGUAUUUGUCUUCUGAUUACUGUAUUUAUACUCCAACUUAAUGCUUGAGUUUAGUAAUUUGGCCGUUUGUGGCAUGCAGUUCAAAUGUCAAGUUCACACAUUGUGUAAGGCGGGCUAUGUAAAUCUUCAAUGAAUUUCACUGCCUGUAAGAGGACUCCUUUCUCAACUGUUGAAAAUGCUGACACAUUAACUUGAAGGCAUUUGCUGUUUACCCUAGUCAGAAUAUUACAUUUGUCUGUUGCCACGCAAUAACAUUUAUGAUAUCCUUUUGUAACAGGCUAUCCAUAAACUCUGUUUUUUUUUCAAUGAAAAAUCAAUACGUAUUUGUCUUCAAAGAUAUGAAAUACAUAAAACCAUUUGAUUCAUAUGUUA